UAACAAAUUCUCUACGGUGGAGGAGUGAAAUCGAGAAACCAAUCUAAUCAAAAUCAAACCCUAAAGCGGACGAAGAUGCCGAAGAAGAUGGGAGUAAACAGCAAGGCGGAGGUCGCCAGAUCCCGCAAAAACGCCGCCGAGGCGGAGCAGAAGGAUCGCCAGACACGCGAGAAGGAGGAACAAUACUGGCGCGAAGCCGAAGGCCCCAAAUCCAAGGCGGCGAAGAAGCGCGAGGAGGAAGCCGAGAAGAAGGCCGAGACCGCCGCCAAGAAAGCCGAGGCGAAGCGUCUGGCGGAGCAGGAGGAGAGGGAGCUCGAGAAGGCUCUGAAGAAGCCGGACAAGAAGGUUAACCGCGUGGCGGCGCCGGUCCCGAAGGUGACGGAGGCGGAGCUGAUUAAGAGGAGGGAGGAGGAGCAGGCGGCGCUGGCGAAGAAAUCGGAGGAGGUUAAGAAGAGGCAGACGCGUAUGGCGGGGGAGGAGGAGUAUGAGAAGAUGGUGUUGGUGUCGAAUACGAAUCGGGAUGAUUCGGUUAUCGAUGCGCGUAGUGUUGACGAGGCGUUGGCGAAGAUGACGGUUGGGGAUAAUCUUCCUGUUGAUCGGCAUCCUGAGAAGAGGCUCAAGGCUUCCUUUAAGGCUUUUGAAGAAGUUGAGAUGCCAAGGCUGAAGGAGGAGAAGCCAGGUCUGACUCAUACUCAGUACAAGGACUUGAUUUGGAAGAUGUGGAAGAAGUCUCCUGAUAAUCCUCUUAACCAGGCUGCUGCUGCUGCUGAGUGAAAUGGAACUCGUAACUAGAACAAGGGAAGGUCUCAUAAGGGGGGGAAGAGAGGAUAUGUGAAGUGAAGAGACUUUUGUGUGAGGUGCUUUGGGCAUAUUUUGCCUGACAUUGUUGCUUUUGUGUAAAAACCUCUAUAUGACAUAAGUAGUAGGUAAAAUUGAUAUAGAUACAUGUUGAAGACUGUCUUGGUUGUACGCGUCCAUUAGCCUUCCUUCCAGAUAGGCAAGGUCUCUAGAGAGUCUUGUAAACUCUUUGCGUUUAUUGAGAUCGAAUUUGCGUCUAUAGAAUAUGGGUUGUCU